UCUGACAAUUCCCGAUCUAAUCCUGGCUGCAGACCACCCAGAACCCUUGCCCACAUCUCGCUGGCGACCAGCCACAUCGCGCGCUCGAGCGUUUACCCUUUCGACGAUCCAAACGACGCCAUACACACCCUUCGGAGAUUGACGAUCAACAAGCCAGUAGAGUUUGUCUCCCAUGACCAGCAACAGCCAGAAAAACAGGUAUUGCACAGUCGCCAGCGAGCCGCCCCGCUAAACGCUGAAAAAACAAAGAGCUACACUGCGCCACCGCUCGCAAACCGCAGCGUCUUGGGCGGAAUGACGUACCAUGGCAGAUCGCGCCCUCGACUGCCUCAUAUGGUCGACUUGUCUGCCUUCGCCUGCCGUGUCAACUCACUCUCACUCCCCCCUUGUAUAUAUAUCCAAGAUCCGUACCCGCAUCUUGCAGAUCCCUUGGUCAUACACGCAUAAUUGGAAAUUCGAUCGAAUCGAAUAAAAGAGAUCGCAAUGCCGUCUACAACGCAGACACAGACACAGCAACAGACAAAGCCGAAACCAAAGCCAAAGUCGAAAACUCAGUCCACCAACGCACAAAACAAAAGUAAUAACACCAAGAUGAGUAGUAACCAGCAGCAACCGCCCCCGCAGCAGCAGCAGCAAAUCCCCGAGCGAGAUAUCAAACAAAACUCGGGCGUCUCCGCCAGCAUGGCGCUGCAGGCCACGCAAAAGGCCUGGGACCUGCGACAAGCAGCCAACGCAGCCGGCGACCCAGAUGCUCGCGAACAAAUCCUCGCCAAAGCCGUCAACAAGGAAAUCGAAGCCGAGUCGUUUGGCAAAGCGGCAAAGUACACACAGAGCGGUGCGUUCCAGGGUCUAGCCGCAGGCGCAGGACUAGGCGUACAACCUGGUGUGACGAUUGGGAAGUUGACGGGCGCCAUUGUUGGGGGAACGGUCUCGACAAUUACUGGACUGCUGGGUGGCGGCAUCGGCUCCGUCUACGGGGCCAUGAACGGACCUAUGUGGGAUCUUGGGCAGAUGGCGUCGCACGGAGUUCGCGGUGUGGUCGAAGGCGCCACAGGCGAUGCACUGAACUUCGGGAAAGCGACAGAUUCGCAGAAGAAGGCGCUUGAGAAGAUGGUGGUGCAAACUAAAGAGACGCAGGCCCCUAGCAAGGAAGAGCUCGAGCAGAUGAAGGCCGAUGCCCCUGAUGAUAUGCCGCAGUCGUGGUCCCAGAUGAGCAAAGAUAUGACUAGUUGGAGACCGUCGAUGCCUGAGAUGCCGAACAUGCCGAAUGUAUCCAAGGCCGGAGCGGGAUUGGGACUCGGUGGCCUGGGAGCAUCGAUGUGGGGUGGAGGAGGGGGAGGAGAGGAGCAGGGUCAGAGCAAACAAGGAGGCGGAAGUGGUGGUGGUGGUCAGAAGCAACAGACCAGCCAGGCACAGCAACCUCAACGUCAAACUCCCACCAACAAACCGUCUCAGCAACCAGCCAACAACAAACCCCGACAAGCACCUCCCAAACCCAAACAAGCACCUACCCCGAGCACCAACGCCUCCACGCCUAAGAAGACCACCUCAUCUUCGAACAAACCUCAGUCCUCGUCGUCCACCACCGCCCCUAGACAGCAACCAGCACAAUCUAAACCUAAACCAGCCGCAACAGCUCCCUCUCAAAAGUCAUCGUCUUCGCCGAAUAAACCAAACACCACCAGCAGCAGCAGCAGCAGCAACAACAACACAUCCCCAUCAUCCGCCACAGAGAAGCGGAAACCUAGAAAACUGGCACCGAGAAGCAACAACAACACAAACUCUUCCACAACUGCACAGCAGCAAAAAGAUGGUAGCUCACCUGGGAAAAACAACGCUUCUGCUCCUCCUCCCAAGAGAGCCCCUAGAAAGUUGGAGUCUAGGCAACGUGUUGCUGCUGCGUCGUAGAUGCGUGAUCUUCUUCCCUCUCUUUUCUCUCUCUCUCUCUCUUUCAUUUGGGUGAGGAGAAGGAGGGAGCAAGGCGAUGGGCUGGUUAGUCAUUUGGAUGACUUUUUAGCGGAAAUUGGAAUUCCUGCUUUUUUUUUUUCCGUGUCGUUGCAUGCAUGCAUGCAUGCUUGCAUGUUAUGUAUGUAUGUAUGUAUGUAUGUUAUGUAUCCAUGUGUGUCUAUGUAAUUCUCGUCCCGUUUAGUUUUGUGUGUAUCUUAUGAAACGGCCAAAAUUCAACAUUUACUUUAACAUUCCUUUUCUCUUUUUCUUUUCUCUCUCUCUCUCUCUCUCUACAACAGACUUUAGUAAAAAACUCUUGUUAUCUAGUGUUACUAUACUUGGAAUCCCCCUUUUCUCUUCCGUUGUCUUGAUCUUGUAUCUUCUCCCUGUCUUUCUCCUU